UAUACACAUGGAUAUUUUAUAAGGGGCAACAACAAUACAGAACAGCAGGCAUAGAUGCGUACUGGAAAAAUACUUACUUUUUGAAUAAACAAACAGUUCAAUCAUGAGGCAUGUUCAUCAAGCGUUCCUUCUUAUCGUCACAGCGUUCUCAUUCGUCGCCUGUCAAUGUCCUAUUAAAGAGAUCGUGCAAACUGGUGACUGCAACUUCCGCAUACACUGCUACGGGACUCUCCAGAACAUCACUCUCCCUUCCAACUGUCGGGGAUCUAUUAAUGGACAAAAAGCAACGGAACUCACCCUCACUCAAACCACUGACAGGUUUGACAAAAACAUUGAUCCCGAAUUUCUUAACUCCAUUACCUCUCUCACCGCAUCAGGAAACUGGCCAAAAACCAAUCUCACUUUCUUAAAUCAAAUGACUCAGUUGAAAAAGCUAGUUUUAACACGUAACUCAAUUGACGUAAUCGAAAAAUCUACCCCAUUUUUUCUUCUUGAAAAUCUUGAGUAUUUAGACCUCUCAUACAAUAGAUUGACGGAAAUAUCCGAGCUAUUCAUAUUUGAGAGCAUACCUAACAACCUAACAUAUCUUUCUCUAGCUCAUAAUGCUAUCAAAGAGCUUUCCAGAAAUGCGUUUGAAGACCUAACUUCUCUUAAAGAACUUGAUCUUUCAUAUAACUACAUAUCAGAUCUUAGCGAAGAGCAAUUUAAUAAUUUAACAAUGCUUCAAACGCUUAAUCUGGAAAAUAAUACAAUAACGAACUUGAAUGGAGCUUUGAAUAACCUUGAUAAUUUGGUACAUUUAUUCUUACGGGGUAACAAAUUGCGUAAUAUAGACGAUAAAUCUGUAUCACGUAUACAACAAUUAAAAACGUUUGAUAUUUCUGGCAACUAUCUGAAUCGACUGGAAUCCACGAUAUUGCUCAGACAUUGGCAGAGUAUCGAUGGAGUUUGCAACAUAAAACUAUCCGAAAAUCGCAUUACCUCCCUUCAUAACGGAACAAAGGAAAUUUUCUUGAGAUAUACCAGGGAGUUGACUGAAAAGAAUGUAAAUGUAAUGACAGAACUUGAUCUUUCGAGAAAUUCAAUUUGUAAUGUCGGUUACAACGCUUUUCUAUACGUUUUACGAAUUGUUAAGCUAGAUAUGUCUCACAACCAACUCAGGGAUUUCAUUGUUAACAGUGAGAAUAUAGCACAAGUCAGGAUACUGAAUCUUAGCAACAAUCGGAUUACUUUUUUCUUCCCUUUUACUUUCUAUAGCAUGCGCAGCUUGGAAGUGUUGGACAUAUCGAAUAAUAAUUUGCGUUAUGAUUCUCAUUUCCCGUUCAUACACACGUACAAUUUGGUCUAUGUGAAUAUGGCGAAUAAUAAAUUAGAGCGUGGAUUAAAUCAGACAAUUAUGAUGAAAAGUCAAUCCGAAAAUAAUAUUUUAGAUCUGUCUGACACUGGACUAUCAGAAGUUAAUUUACCUGGUCGAGAAUCUUCAUACAUCACGACAUUAAUUUUGAAUUCAAAUAAGCUAUCUGAGAUAUAUUUUACAAAUUUGAGGCUUAAAACUUUGGAAUUGAAGAGAAACCAAAUUGAAAAAUUAAACGCUAUGUCGUUACGCCUUCCUUUGAGUCUAACAUCUUUGGACCUAAGUGAGAAUAAGAUCAGAGAAAUAGGGCCUUCUACAUUUAUCUACGCAAGGCGUUUGAAACAUUUAAGCCUGGCAAAUAACCAAUUGACAACGAUACAAUACGGAACCUUCCAGGGACUGACAACGUUAUCAAGUUUAGAUCUCUCCAAUAAUAUGAUAACAAAUUUGGAUUCCAAGCUGUUUAUGGAUUUGAAAACACUAGACGUUUUAUACCUGAGAUCGAAUGGCUUAGUAGAUUUACAAUAUAAGGGUUGGUUGAAACACGCAUUUCCUUUAGAGAUUUACUUGGAAGGCAACAACUUAAGCUGCUCGUGGUUGGGAAAAGCUCUUGCGGAUUAUAACAAUGGCUACUCUAAAAUGAAACCGACUGUUGAUAGGAUACUACCUGGACCAUCUAUUGAAGGUAUACCUUGCAUUCCACCAAGUACAGAACUCGAGCUUCUAACUGAAGCGGUCAGUACUACUCAUGUGAUGGCAGAUGAACGUCUUCUGGUUAUAAAUCAGAAGAUAUUGGAAACCUUAAAGGAACAGACGUACUAUUUGAGGACCAUCCAACAACGGUAUUUGGAUCUGAUCGAAAACACUGAUAGACCAAUUCGUGAGUUAAGAAAUGUAAGGAAAUCUCACUAGUAUUAGAAAAAGUAGUUAUGUUUCCAAAAUAAUUAUUAAGUUUGUUUAUAAACAAAAAUAUCAUAAUCCAUUGUUUUAUAAAUCAAAGUACAAUCUUUAUUGCCAAGAAUGGCUUCUUCAUAAGGGAAAAUUAGUCUUAUGGUCUUAUUAUUCAGUGUUGUAUUGUUCUUCUUAUUGUCUGUUGAUGUUUGCUUUUAAUAAAUAUUAUAUUCUCGCCCUUAUUACUUACUUCAUUAGUAAUUAGAUUUAAUACUACUUAUGAUUUAAUAAAUAAA